AUGAAGGAUUUGAUGGAAUACUCUCAGAAGAACGAACUCCGUCCCCACGACGCCAUGAACCAGAUGGUCGCUCAGAUCGAGGAGCAGCAACAAUUCGGCCAGCCCCAAAACAUGGUCCCCAACCCCAUGCAGCCAAACCACGCUCAGAUGGCUUUGCAAAGAAACGGCAUUGUUCAGCCUCUGCCUCAGGGUGCUGGCACGCCCAGCCAGGCCCACAUGCAGUUGCCUGGCCAAACGCCCAACUUCUCUUCGCCGUCAGUUCCCCAUAUGAAUUUGCCGAUGCAGCACCUGAACGGGCAACAGAUGAUGGCUAUGAAUGGCUCACCUCACAUUGCACACCCGGGCUUGCCCGGUGGCUCUNUGAUGGCUCCCAACCACAUGAUGGGACAGAUGCACCACUCGCCGAGCCCGAACAUGGGUCCACCAAUGAUGGUGCCGCAGCACUCGCAGCAAGGCAACAACCCAAACAGUGCGCAUCCGUCAGCAUCGACAAGUCCGAACUUGAGCAGUAAGCGUCGGCGCUCACAAGUCAAACUCGAAGGCGAUGAUAUGGGACUCGAAGGUCCACCUUCACAACGCAUGAAGCCUAGUCCAGGCCUCAAGAAGAAGUGA